GCCCGGCCCCCAAUUCCCCUAGCGAGAGGGGGAGGCCCCCGGCGGCCCGGAGGCAGCGAGCCGUGGCGGCACCCGAGCGCAUUCUGGGGCGCGGCGGCGCGGGGGCGAGCCCGGCUGCGGAGGCUGCCGUCGAGAGCGUGGAGCGCGGGGCGCGAGGGCUCGGCAGCGUGCGUGCACCCGAGGGUCCGCCGCUUCGGGCCUGGGAGAGGCUAGGUGCCCGCAGCCCCCCACGCCCGGAGAGGAAUGAGGUGCGCCCUGAGAGCCCGGUAGCCUCGGAUCGCGGCGCUGCAGACGCGGUGAUGGAUGAGCCGUGGUGGGAAGGGCGCGUCGCCUCGGACGUCCACUGCACCCUGCGCGAGAAGGAACUGAAGCUGCCCACCUUCCGGGCCCACUCACCGCUCCUGAAGAGCCGCCGGUUCCUUGUGGACAUCUUGACCCUGCUGAGCAGCCACUGCCAGCUGUGCCCCGCGGCCCGGCACCUGGCCGUCUACCUGCUGGACCACUUCCUGGAUCGCUACAACAUCACCAGCUCCAAGCAGCUGUACGCCGCGGCGGUCUCCUGCCUCCUGCUCGCAAGUAAAUUCGAGGAUAGGGAAGACCACGUACCCAAGCUGGAGCAGAUAAACAGUACGAGGAUCCUGAGCAGCCAGAACUUCACCCUCACCAAGAAGGAGCUCCUGAGCACGGAGCUGCUGCUCCUAGAGGCCUUCAGCUGGAACCUCUGCCUGCCCACGCCCGCCCACUUCCUGGACUACUACCUCUUGGCCUCUGUCAGCCAGAAGGACCAGCACUGCCACAGCUGGCCCACCACCUGCCCCCGCAAGACCAAAGAGUGCCUCAAGGAGUACGCCCACUACUUCCUGGAGGUCACCCUGCAAGAUCAUAUUUUCUACAAAUUCCAGCCUUCCGUGGUCGCUGCGGCCUGCGUGGGGGCUUCUAGAAUUUGCCUUCAGCUUUCUCCCUACUGGACCAGAGACCUGCAGAGGAUCUCAAACUACUCCCUGGAACAUCUCAGCACGUGCAUCGAGAUCCUGCUGGUAGCGUAUGACAACGUCCUCAAGGAUGCCGUCACAGUCAAGAGCCAGGCCUUGGCGAUGGUGCCCAGCACGUCCCCAGCCCCCACCCAAAUGCUGUUCCAGCCACCCGCCUACCCCACCCUCAGCCAGCCGACGCCGGUGGCCCUGGGGCAGUUCCAGACCCCUGUGCAGGACCUGUGUCUGGCCUAUCGGGACUCACUGCAGGCCCACUGUUCGGGGAGCCUGCUCUCAGGAGGCACGGGCUCCUCUGUCCACACCCCGUACCCCUCCCUCCAGCCCCUGGACGUGUGCCCCAUGCCCCUCCCUGCAUCCCUCAGCAUGCAGAUGGCCAUUGCGGCCGAGCCCCGGCACUGCCUCGCCACCACCUACAGAAGCAGCUACUUCAGCGGGAGUCACGCGUUCCCUGCGGGCUGUUUUGACAGAUAGGGCCCUGUUGGGCCUCCCGGGGAGGCCUCGGGGACCCAGGCAGAGGAAGAGGAUGCUGACGAGGGGGGCUCAGCGGAACAAGGCCACUGGGGGGCCAUCCCUGCAGAGCCUCGUUGCCCUGGAUUGGAAAGGGUCUGUGCUCUUUUUAAGUAAAACGGACCCGGAGCAGAACAGUCAAUGAGAUACCUCACCCAAGAGCAUUCCUCUGGAAAACGUCUUCCACACGUGCCUGCAGUACAGGGGGAUGCUCGGUGGCCAUCCCCUGGGGCGGGGGCCCGGAGAAUCGAGAAACACCUGGUGAGAGGCCAGGAGACUGGGAGCUGGAUGCAGACACCAGUCUACAGACACACAUCCGGUGUUCAGCAUCAAAGACUCCUGUAUUUGCCGACGGCAGCUACACCACUGAAGAAGAAGGGGCAGUCUGACGUGUUCUCAGGACCCCGAUGGAUCGGUGGGGGCCCGUGCAGGGGCCCGUGGGUGGGUGGGGCCUGCGCGUCUGCCUUCUGAGGCCCGGUGGGUAGCUGUGUUGCCUUUACUGUCGAACCGUCCCCCCCUUUUAGACUUUUCACAUGCUGCUGCUUCCCGAAGUGACCUAGCUCUCUGUUCAGUAGGAAGUCUUGUUUACAUACUGUAUCAGGGAUUUUGUGAUACUUGAAAAUUCCUUUGGAGAAAAACAAUGUUGGUUGUCACACUGCCUGUCUCAUGCGCGGGCUGUAGGUUUCUGUCUCGGCUUGUGACUGACCAGUGGGUGACGGCUCCCUUUUCAAAAGCAUACGUACGGUUGGGGAGAACCACUUUCCAGUCUCUGGGUUCCAGAAGAUUCCACAUUUUGGAUGCCGUGUUCACCUGUAGAACCAGAGGUAAAAGGUGGCUGAAGGGUAGACAGAGGUUCUACCUCCUCUGCCUGCUUCUAGUGCUUGAGUUUAAAGCUAGGCUCGGCCUUGAGUUUGGCUGAGAGCAAAGGGUAAUCAUGUGGAAUGUGUGUCUGAGGCCAGUUGCAUUUGGGGAGGGGGGUGUACGGUGUAUAUGCCACCACCAGCGACAGGCAAGCGAUCAUUCGGAUCAAAAGCCAGUAUUUGGGUUUCUGCCACGAGGGGGCUCUCAGGACCACUCGGGGGCCAUGUGCAAUAUGUUCUCUGGACUCACGGCCUGUGCUCAGUGUGGUGGUGUUGGUUUUUUUUUGUUUUUUGUUUUUUGUUUUUUUCGGUUGGAUCGGGGACACAUUGUUCACCCAACAGAACUGAGAGGUGCGAAGAACCACAAAAGCAUUUUUCCGUAUGUUUAUUUCUUAAGAAGAACCCACGUGGGUUUUGCCGACUCCCUUGCCAGUCCGGGGGACCGGCAAGUGGCUGCCAGCGCGCGGCGGCGUGCUGCUGAGUCGGCCCGCAGGUGACGUUCCCAGCAGGAGAAAGCCCCCGCAUGGGAGCAGGAGGAGAAGAGACUGGGCGUGGGUGUGGCGCUGCCACUGGGUCACACUCACAUAGGAAACCGCACGUUUGUUUGUUUUUCUCUUUUUCCUUUGCCAGCCUCCUAUUUAUGUACAACCGGUUUGGAUUUCAAGUGAUGGUGUCUGUCUGUUCUGCGGCUGGGGGCUUGUGAGGGGCCCCCAGUAAAAGGCGCCCUGCAAUAAACACGUC